AUGAAGCUCCUCUACCCCACCUCCCUCAAGCUCGACGUGCAGAGCCUCGAGGGCUUCUCCGUCAAGCUGUACCCCUACGACGUCACCAAGCCGUUCCCCGACGAGCAUGUCGACGCCGAGAUUCUCGUGACGUGGACCAACACGGCCGCCAACUUGAAGGACGGUGCCCAGCGCCUGACCAAGCUGCGCUGGAUCCAGUCGCUGGCCGCCGGCCCCAACGACGUGCUCAACGCCGGCUUUGAUGCUUCCAAGAUUCCCGUGACGACCGGGUCGGGCCUGCACGACCACACCGUCGCCGAGCACACGCUGGGCCUGCUGCUGGUGGCGGCGCGCCGUUUCGACGAGAUGCGCGACUACCAGCUGCAGGGCAAGUGGCCGGGCCACCUGGGCGGCGCGCAGCCCGACCGCCCGGCCGGCAAGUUCACGACGCUGCGCGACGCCAACGUUGUUGUGUGGGGCUUUGGCAACAUUGCCAAGCGGCUGACGCCGCUGCUGGUGGCGCUGGGUGCGCACGUCAAGGGCGUGGCGCGCUCGGCGGGCGUGCGCGACGGCAUCGAGGUCGUCGGCGAGGACCAGCUGCCGGCGGUGCUCCCCACGACGGACGCGCUCGUGAUGAUCCUGCCCGGCAGCGACUCGACGCGCAACGCGCUGAGCGCCGAGCGCAUCAAGCUGCUGCCCGCGCACGCGUGGGUUGUCAACGUGGGCCGCGGCACGAGCGUCGACGAGGCGGCACUGGCAAAGGCGCUCAACGAGGGCCGGCUGGGCGGUGCGGCGCUGGACGUGUUUGAGACGGAGCCAUUGCCGGAGGCGAGCGAGCUGUGGAAGGCCAAGAACCUGGUGGUGUCGCCGCACGCGGCGGGCGGCCGGCCGCAGGGCGCAGAGGCGCUGAUUGCCGACAACCUGCGACGGUUCCGGGCCGGGCAGCCGCUGAAGAAUGUGAUAUAG